AAUAGGUCAUAACAAGAGUCAUAAUAAUAAAUUAUAUGCUGAAUUGCCACACCCUAGCACCACCGCUAGCGCUAGCCAUUUUAAUCUCUCUCUGUCACGACUACUGCACCUCUCUCUGGUUUAAUAGCAGCCUAUCAUUUGUUUGUCAUGGCAGAGGGAUUUGCUUCAUCCAGAGUCGAACCUAUGGUUGAACUAUCAACCAGUCUGGUCGCACUUAACGAUGCUGUUAGUUCAAAAAACCUGGACAUAAUUAAGCUGGUAGCUAAACACGCUUUUGGGAUAGGACAGCAAGACCUUGAUGAAGCUGAUGUCCUCACAUCAGUUUACUAUCUUUUGGAACGACAACAUGACAGUUCUGCCCUCAAUAUUCUGAUUUUGAUUCUCAUGCGUCUUGGUAUUGAUACCGUGCUUGUUGGAGCUUUAAAGAAGCAUGUUAAACAGAAUGAGAUUGUCAUUGAAGGAUAUCAGAAAGUGGAUUUCAUUCUAACCGUCUCGUGUAUAUUACGUAGCUUACACAAGAGACAGUAUAAAUCACUGAAAGAGAUGGCCAGACGUACUUUUCUAAACAAUUAUGAUCCUUCAAAUAUCAAGACAAGAACUCACCUCCUGCAGCUCCUAUUUGAUCAAGAUUGCCUCACUCCAACCUCAUUUCGUUUUCUUUUUGCAUGGCUGGAAGUCGUUGGCUGUAGCCUGUAUCAUAUUGAGCUAAAAGCUUACUGCAGACGCCAUGAAAUUAAGAUACCAGAAUGGGACAACCUUGUACCACCACUAAAAGAGAGAUAUCCUAAUGCUGGUGAGAGUAAGUACAAUACUCAUCCUCGGUCUUGUCCUAAAAGCUUCCCUGCUACUGAGAGUCUUCCUGCUGCUGCUAUAAGAGAUGGUGGGAUGAUUGAUUCUCAAUCUCUGAGUCUCAGAUCAAAACCUCCACUCCCUUUCCCUAAUAGUGGAGGAAGAAAGUCAGACCAUACUCCAUCUCCAACUGCUUCAUAUAUGUAUCGUGAUUCUACAGAACAUCCAGUUGAAGCAUCAGGUCCUACAGCUAUGGUUACAGCAGUAAGCGAUGCACCAAAUUCUGAAAUAGUUCUUGUACCUGGCCAUGAGGAAAAAGCCUUAGGUGUUGGUUCUGUGGCCAGUAGCCAUCAGUUUCCUCCUAUAGAUCUCAAGUCUGAUGAUUCUGGUGAUGAAAGCAAUGAUGAGAGUGGGAACAGCACUGAGUUGCAUCAUCCUCAAUCGGAGUCAUCACGAGAAGGUCAGGAAGGGAAGUUGCAUGUGGACAAGUGGCCCUCAAGCAACCUGCCUCGAAGCAAUGAGCGAAUGACUAAUGUAGUUGGCAUCAAUGAUGAUACAUCCGUAAUAACAACUAUGGAUAUUGGAUUUUCACAAAUAAUGAAAAAAGGCAAAGAACGAAUCUGUAAACUCCGUCAAGUAUUGUCUGAAAAGUAUCGUCAAACAUCUGUCAAGUAUUGUUGUUGCAAACUAUUAGUUAUCGUUGCUCUUGUGAUAUGCAUUGGUGGAGUAUCAGGUGGACUGACCUACCACUAUAUAGGAUCAAGCCCUGGUGACACCAGUGUAACACUAGCUCAAAAUGCUACAGUUAACAUUGGCUGUUUUGAUCUACUACACAUUGGGCACUUCAUUAUAUUGGCUGUAGCUCAGACAUCAUUUAAAUUUCUUGCUGUCCCCUCUUCUUCUGUUGUACCUACAAAAAUCUCAUUUCCAGAUGUGAAUUAUAAAAGAGCUGGUACUGGCUACUACAUUUCUCUUAACUAUUAUCACACCGGAUACUAUGAUCCACUCUAUAGUGCUGGUUCAGGAACAGUGUCAUAUUAUACUAACUUUACAAACUUUGAUCCCUCUUCAUGUUUUUAUCUGUAUCUCUUCAAUUCGCUUGACUCGUAUCAUGAAGUUUUAAAGAACUUGGGACCAGCCAGAGGGUUUAUCAACAAAUUUGUUUUCUGCCCAAAUUCGACAGACAAAGUUUUCAACUUCACUUUUCCACUUCACACUGUCGGUUUCUACUAUGUUGCUGCCUUUAUGCCUUCUAAUAUGAACAUUGAUGUUAAGAUAUCAGCUGAAAUAUUUACCUAUGACAUAACGUAUUUAGAAGGUUUAGGCGUACAAAGCUGUCUGUUGGAUGAUGGAAAGUGUUUGCUGGACGUAGGACAUCAUCCAGUACAUGCUCAUUCUGAAAGUGUGUGUCUGUUAGCCUCUUCCUCAUCACAGCUCUAUGGUGAGACUAUCAAUGGAACCGUAUCUCCUCAACGCUACCUCUACAAUGCCCGUACUGUCUCUACCUUUUUAACUGGAUGUGUUUUUGUGGUAUCAAUAAUUAUUUUGUGUCCUUGUAUUUUUUGUAUAAUCACUAAAUUUUGUGCUUCGAGAAGAAAGAGUCGAGAUGGUUAUCUGAGUCUAUAGCAUGUUUGUUUUUGUAAUAUUUUUGUAAAGUUUUGGCAUGUCUUUGUUUUUAAAACAUUAAUAAUAUUAUUGUUAUUUAUGGUGGAAUUAUUUAUUCACAAUUUGUGCUUGUUUUUUUAUACAAA